GCCAAGUCAUUCGAAAAAAUUUUACGGAGCGAAGAAGGCACGGUUACGUCCGGAUUUUAGCGCGAUUUCGUGUCUGUUGUUUGGUCGGCACUCGAGUGUAAAGAAAUUUGUACAUCCCCGAAAAGAAUCGCGAGUGCAAUUUUGUAAAUACGGAGAGGAAAAGCGUUCUUCUAGUGUGAAACCAGUUUAAAAAGCUGCAAGAAAUAUAUAUAGCUCAAUAUAUAUAUUUAUAUAUGUGUGCCGCCGCCAGUUCUAAUCUUUAAAUCAAUAAACAAAACUGGAAGCCAUUAGCUGAAAUCACAACAACAGCAACCGCAGAAGAAACCAACGGGGAAAAUGAAGCCAAAGCAGAAGAUUUCCGUAGAGCCGCUAUUGCUAGUCGCAAUUCUCAUCGGAGUUCUGGUAGCCGCCACCCACGCUCAAGAUCAGAAAUCGGUGAAACCAUCGGCGGCAGCGCCAUCAGCAGCAGCUUCUCGGCCCCAUGAUGAAAUCUAUAUCGACGAUGAUAGCAUCGAGGGAUCCGGCGGACGCGGCGGUAUACACGAAGAUCUAGAGAAAGAUCCGGACUAUUCUGGCUCCGGCUUUGGACCCGAUGACGAGGACGCCGAACCCGAUCAGCAUUCGCACAGUUCGCACAACACGCGCAUCUCGCAGAGCAGCAACUCCGGCAUAAACAGUAAGCAUAACUCGAACGAGAACUACGGCAAGAACAGCAAGAACAGCAACAGCGACCUCAUCUCGAGUAGAUUCAACAACAAUAAUAAUCACAAUCAGAUCGACAACAGCCAGAAUAUCAAUCUCAAUCCCAAUAAUAACCAUCAAACGAAUAGUGGCACAAUCAUUGGUAGUAGCACCACAGCGAACAAUAAUAAUAACCACAAUAUCAACAUCAACAGCCAGAACGGCAUCAUCAGUGGCAGUGGUAGUGAUAUCGGUGGCCAUAGCACUGGCAUUAACUCAAUCGCUCAUACACCAACACAAACCUCAUCCACAAUCCCAACAACAUCGACUUCGACACCAAUGCCGACAACAACCCCCACAGCGACAACCCCCGCAUCCACCACAACGGCGGCAGCAACCCAGAUAUCGUCCUUUGCCAAUAGCAGUAGCACCACCACCACCACGUUGGCUCCCACGAUUCCCGCAGAACCGCAGCAACCGCUGUUCCCGCCAUUCGACAAGGAUCUGGAUACGGAGUCCAGCGGCGAUGGCAUCGAUGCUGAUGCUGAGGAUGACGAUGAGGACGAUGGCGACGAUAAGGACUAUGACUAUAACAAGGAGCUGGACAAAGAAAUCGACAUCGAUGGUCCCGAGCCGGGACAUCUGCCGCCAGUUGUCCAUCAUAAUACCGUUGAAACUGGUCACAUACCCACUACGGAUGAAAUCGAUGUGGAUGGCGGCGAUGAGGAUGACAAUGGGGAUAGCGACAUCGAUGGUCCGCGGAUCGGUGGCAACGAUGGAGAUAUUACAGAGCGCGGACCGGGUGCAGGUGGCAGCAACGUGCACGAAUUGGACCCCAAUACGAACGUGAAUAGCCAGCCCUCCGACACAAAGGGCAUCGAUCACAGGCCCAACGGCAACGAAGUGGUCAUCAUGAGCGAGGACGAUCGCACGUCGAGCUUCUUCUCGCAGCCCGGAAUUCUGGCUGCUGUCAUUGGCGGUGCCGUCGUUGGCCUGCUCUGCGCCAUACUCGUGGUCAUGUUCAUCGUGUACCGCAUGAGGAAAAAGGACGAGGGAUCCUAUGCGCUGGACGAGCCAAAGAGAUCGCCGGCCAACAAUUCGUAUGCGAAAAAUGCGAAUAACCGCGAGUUCUACGCCUGAGAUAAUGGCACGUCGCGCAGGUAUUAAGUUGACCACAAGUGCAGGAACAAAGUGUGCGUAAGGACGGAACGGUGUGCGUAUGACUGGACGAAGGCGGAGCGACUGGGUUUGGUUUGGCUCAACUGAAUACACUGUGCGGAGUGGUGGGGGUGCAGCAUCAUCGGCAAACCACUGAAACAAGGAUUAAUCAUCCGCAGCAGCAGCUACAAAACUAACACAAAAACAAAUGAAAAUUUCAAACGUUUUCAAACACACACAAUUUUUCGUGAGGGGUAAAUUAAAUUAAAACAAAACAAGAAAAGAACACAAAUCGGCAAUAUAAUAACGAGGAAAAACAAAAAAAAAAAAAGGAAAACUUACCUGUAAGUUAAUGCAAAAUACACACUCUGCGUAUGUGGGUGUGUGUACGCGACUUUUCUAUUUAAGUAAGUUUUAAGCGACAAAAACAAACAAAAAUAUCAAAUAUAAUUGCAAAUAAAUCAUGCGAAAUUAAAUAUAUGAAUAAUAUAUUAUAUAUAAAUAGUGAAACCAAUAUAAGGGCGGGCAAAAUUAAGCGAAUUAAUUAUGAAUUACGAGUAGAGCAAAAGCAGAAAGAGCAGGAGAAAAUUGAAUAAUAACUAUAAUAAUAAACACACACACACACGCGCAUCCAACUACAUAGAUGUAAAAGGCAACUUUCGUGCAUAUUGAAUAUAAAUGUAUGGAUUAUAUAUGUUAGCUGAAUAACGAAAGCGAAUUGGAUACAUCACGAUUAUCUCUCAACUCUCUAUAGAUCCCUCGUCGAACCUCCACACACUUAACUCUUCAUUUCAACAAUCGAUUUGUCAAACGAAAUCCAAUGAAAGCGGCACAGCAAGCGGAAAUCGAUGCAUAAAUGUUUUUAAGUUAUACAUAAGCGAAACUAUGUAAUUAUUAGUGUAAUUCCUAAAACAAACAAAACAAAAACAAAAAGAAAAAGAAAAAACGAAAAACGAAUACUAAAUCAAGAAAAAAUCAGAUUUAUGAACACUGUGAACCUUCCUGGCAACUAAAAACAAACAGAAUUGAAAUGAAAAGGACUAUUUCUACUUUUUUCUAGAAAACACAAAACCACGAAUAUUUAUUGAAAUGAUACUGAAAACUGAAAUUAAAAUUGAAUUGGAAAUGAAUUGAAUUGAAAAUAGUUCGUCAACGAGAAAGCAAUUGUACAUUAAUUUAGGUUUCCACUUGGGUUUUAGAGUUAUUCGAGAUUUCCUUCGCUUGACUCAACUGCUUCUUCCAUGGCUAAGAAUCAAAAUCGGAUUAACGCAUUAAUUAUUGUGCAUUUAUUUAGUUUUUACGUUCGCUGUCACUGACAAUUGUUUAGUUUUGCAAGCAAAAUACAAAAGCGAAUACGAACGACAACAACAACAAAAAGGAGAAGAAGAACAACAACAAGAACCACAGCAACAAAUCAUAAUCACAUGCAAUAGUGAAAAUUAAUUGUUAAGUUUACAAGGCGAUUUCAAAUUAAACUAAAACAAAACAGUCCAGCAACAAAUGUUAUACUCACCCACACCCUCAUACCAAUCAAUUAGCUGCAAUACUUGUUUAAUUGUUAGUCAACCAAUAUUCUCUCUCCAACUCUCAUGCCAUAUUUUCAUUGCGAAAAGAAGUUACGAAAAACGAAAACUAAUAUAUAACAUAUAAGUAUAUAAUUAGCAACAUAAAUCAAUUGUGUGUGUAACUGUGUAUAAUGCAUAAAUAAUGAAUUAAACCUACUACUACUUUGACAGCAGAGCAUAUAACAAAGGGAACUUUCGAACAUCAUCAGAGAAGUGAAAACUAUUUUCCCCCUUUUCCGGAAUCAAAACUGCAACUUACACACAAAAACAUGCACACACUUCUCACACACACACACACACACACACACACAAGCAAACAAGAAAACAUGAGCAACAGCAACUGCAACAGGAACUAAAACAUUUUUCUGAACACAACUUUUUCUACACUGUAAAAAACGCAACCGCAUCGUUUUUGAUAUGUACAAGUACUAUGUUUGUUCAACUCUCGACCCAUAGUACGUUUUGUCAAAUUUUACAUCAACUUUUUUUGCUACUUUGUAAGCGUUUAGUUUGUUAGUUUUUUUUAAAAAUGCGCUGAAUGUACUGAGAAAUUGGUUUUGAUUUGCUAAAUAAAACUG